AGAGUAGCCGGCGCGAGUUGUUCCCUCCCUGCUCCCAGCACAGAGGAGGGGCAGGGGCUGGAUGUACCUUGAGCAGCUGAGCAGGAGCAGACAGAGGCAGCGAGCGAGUGCUGGUUACACAGACAGCUGGAGGGAGCUGUGUCUGGCUGAAGGAAACACGGAUCCGGCACUCUGCUCUGGUGCCUCUGCCCACGGAUCUUGGAGGUGGCAGCUACCACAAUAGAUGCCCCAGUCACUGGCAGGGGGUCCAGAGAGUGACACAAGCGACCUUGGACGUGCCGUGUGAGAGAGCCCGUAACCGGCCGCCCCCUCCUCCCCUGGGACCGCUGCUACCUGGCUGUCACACAAGAUGCCAGGCUAUGAUUACAAGUUCCUGGAGAAGCUCAGGCGCAAGUUUGUGUGCCCGCUGUGUGGCAAGGCGAUGAGGGAGCCGGUGCAGGUGUCCACCUGUGGCCAUCGCUUCUGUGACACCUGCCUGCAAGAGUUCCUCAGUGAAGGUGUGUUUAAAUGUCCAGAAGACCAACUGCCACUUGACUACGCAAAGAUUUACCCAGACCGAGAGUUGGAAACUCAAGUGCUCAGUUUGACUAUUCGAUGUAUACACAGUGAGGAGGGUUGCCGCUGGAGUGGACAGCUAAAGCAGCUCCAGACUCAUCUCAACAUUUGUGCCUUCAAUGUGAUCCCCUGCCCUAACCGAUGUAGUACCAAACUUAUCCGCAGAGAUUUGCCGGAGCACAUGCAGCAUGACUGCCCCAAACGCAAAGUUCGCUGUGAGUUCUGCGGCAACGACUUCACAGGAGAGGCCUAUGAGGAUCACCAGGGCUGCUGUCCCCAGGAGAGUGUAUACUGUGAAAACAAGUGUGGCGCUCGCAUGAUGAGACGUGUCUUAUCUCAGCAUUCGCUGUCUGAGUGCCCUAAGCGUACUCAGCCGUGCACUUACUGCAGCAAGGAGUUUGUGUUUGACACCAUCCAGAGUCACCAGUAUCAAUGUCCUCGAUACCCAGUCUCCUGUCCCAACCAGUGCGGCAUUGCCACUAUUGCCAGAGAAGACUUGAGUGGGCAUUUAAAGGAGAGCUGCAGUUCUGCAUUAGUUCUUUGUCCUUUCAAGGAUUCUGGCUGUAAACACCGGUGCCCUAAGAUUGGGAUGAGCAGACAUCUAGAAGAAAAUAUGAGAGCUCACCUCAGCAUGAUGUCCUCCCUGGUCAGCCGACAGAGGCAAGAGAUCCUAGAACUGAGAAAGCAGGUGGAGGAGCUGUCUGUGAGCAGUGAAGGGGUACUUAUCUGGAAGAUCAGCGACUACACCCGAAAAGUGCAGGAAGCAAAGAUUCGGGGCAACUAUGAGUCCUUUAGCCCACCAUUUUACACACACAGAUAUGGUUACAAGCUCCAGGUCUCUGUCUUCUUAAAUGGAAAUGGAAGUGGUGAAGGCAACUAUCUUUCAGUCUACAUAAGGGUCCUCCCUGGGGAGUACGACAACCUACUAGAAUGGCCUUUUUCAUAUCGCGUCACUUUUUCCUUGCUUGACCAAAGUGAUCCAUCAUUGUCCAAACCCCAACAUAUCACUGAGACUUUUAACCCUGACCCCAACUGGAAAAACUUCCAAAAACCAAGUGGCUCUCGAAAUUCCCUGGAUGAAAGCACCCUUGGCUUUGGAUAUCCCAAGUUUAUCUCUCACGAGGACAUACGAAAGCGCAACUAUAUACGAGACUCUGCUGUAUUCCUUAAAGCAUCUGUGGACAUUCCUCAGAAAAUCAUUGCGUAAUCAAGCGUCAUGGAAACAUUAGAGAGGAGAUUCGGCCUCUUACUAAAAUCAGUAGUGUUUUGCUUUCAGUUCUUGAUUGGCAUCACUGCCACAGAUGCUUCAGCUCCGGGAAGGAGGAUAGUUACAAUUAAGGUACAAAAACUUGUCAUUCAACCCUGUACAUUUUAUUUUCAGUUACUAUGACCAAGUCAACUGUGAAAAAGAAGAUGGUUUUCUGCACCAUUGAUGCUCUUUGCUUUUUGGAGAUGAUGUCCCAAAAUAAACAGCAAAAGUGUACUUGACCAAAAGUUCAUCUUUAUUCUUCUCUGUGGGCAAAAAAUAUAACAACUGCCGCAAAAGUAAGACUAAAUCUGUCAGCUGGCAUGUAACAAUAACUCAUGGUGUGCCUAUUGGAAUCAGACACACAACAAUGGGUUUGCCUGUUUCUGGAGUGCAAUACAUUGCUGGGCAGCGUUGUGACAGGACAGUUAGUAAGCCAUAUCAGGCGCUGAAAGGUGUUUUUGAGGUCAACACUCUCACCUGAGAACUUUUCAUCCAGAGAGCAAAACAGGUGUUAACAUGAAGCCAAAGUGUCCAAUCGGAGUGAGGUCGGAGAGGUGUGCCCCAAGCAAUAGAACAGAAGUGGGUCUACCUCAGGGGUACUUGUGGUGCUGGCCUUGUGUACAAAGGAGUACAUAUAACUAUUAAAACCUGACUAAUUUCUUCGGCUGCAAAGGGUCCAAGUGGUUUAAAAAGAAGACACAGCCAAUAAGUACACUAUAAAAUGCACAGUCCUGAGAACAGCACCAUAUCUUGAGGUUCUUUCUCGCACAGUAUGGAAGCCGUUUAUUUGUAUUCUGCGCAGCAGCAUUUUCUACAUUUUAUAGUCUUUUUACUUCUUAUUUUGUAAUUGACCGUUUGAUAAUGAGGUGUUCUGGACAGCUUUGGGAUUUGAUUCUGAUGAUUUUGUAGUUGGGGAAUUCGAUUAUUGAUCAGUUUUAUGACAAAAUAAUGUUUUGUUUGAUGUGAUGUCUCUGAUGUGAGAUCUGCAGCUCUGUACAUUUCAGUGAAUGAACCAACAGUAACCAUUGAGACCAGUGCAUAGUACUGAGAUAUAAGCGCCUCAGUCAUAAAGAAAUAAUGUUGUACACGGCUCUUUAGCACAACACUAAGUGACCUAACAGUAGUGACGGAGUUAAUGUUUUGUACUAAUCUGCUGAAUGCAGAAUGUUCUGCAUAAUCCAUAUGUUGCAAAGAGAACUGUAAGCAAUCCUAUUUUCAGUGCAAUGACGUGGUACCUCCACUGUUGCCAGUCAGUACGGUAGGAACUAGUGAUGCCAGCAGGCACGAAGCACUGUGUGAUCUCGCUAGUUUCCAUUGAAUUGAUUGGCUGCACUCAUCAAUAUUGGUUCAGCUCCUAAAAUAUCUGUACCCUGUGAAUAGGUGUCUACUCAAAAUAUUUUUCUGUCUAUGUUCUGUCUUUUUUCCCCAUGUUUAUAUGUGCAACAUGAGCUCUAACAUAGCACCCUAGCCUAACUGCACAUGAAUACAAAGGAUCGUGUUACUCACGUAAACUUCUUUAGUCUUAAUAGUAAGCUAAUCCUGUAACCUGUGAUUGCAAUAUUGUCAUCUGUCUGAACAAGAUAUUACACAACGUGACUUUCUUUCAGAGAAUAAGCAUUAAUACUGACCCUGUAACAUUUGUUUAAAGCUAAAAACAGUGACAGGUUAAAUUUUACACUUGGAGAUUACAGCUCCCAACCAGGGAGUCCCGGCCGGCGAUGGGGGUGGGGCAGUUAUUUGCAUUUUGCACUGCACUGCAGCCUCACAUCUGAAACCACCAUUGCUCCUAUCUGUCCUGAUUUAGGCAUAUCGGGAGGUAUGGUCAAUAUGGGAACAAAAACACUUGAAUUGCAUUUUUUUGAGUAAUAAUGUUAAAUGUCUUGACAUAUUUAUAUACAGUAUAUUUCACACUCUUCCCCUAUUGUGAUUACAGUGCUAAUAAGUUGCCGCUAAAGGGUGUCAUGUGACCAAUGAGCAGGUUGCAGGAAGGAAUAUUUAUCACAGUGUCUUGUCUGACACAUAUAGAUCUUUCAGCAGUCAGGAAAAUAUAUACAUUUUUUUUCUGUACACACAGGAGGCAGCCAUUUGUGGGCUGAACCAGUAUUCAAAGGAACACAGACUAUGAUUUCACACAUAACCAGUGCCUGUUGGCUGUGAUGCUCCAGUGGGGAUACAAUCAAUAUCCCGGCUGCAGGGAUCCCGGCGCUCAACAUGCUGGCGCCGGGAUCCCGACCGCCGAGAUACCGACACCUAUUCUCCCUCUUGGGGUGUCCACGAGAUUCCUGGAGGGAGAAUAACCACCGUGCCCGCAGCGUGGCAAUCGCAGCGAUCCUGCGUGGGGCGCAUUCCGGCGCCCCACGGUCGGGAUUCUGACCGCCGGGCUGACGGCCGCCGGUAUAUCGAUACCAACCCGCUUCAGUGAUGUCAUUAGUUUCCUAGUGACCGUUUGCAUUGUUUAGUCAGCACCAAUGCUUCUUUCUAUUGUGAAUAUGCAAUGCUGAUUAAAUGGCAUCUGUUACUGCAGAAGAUGAAUUCCGGGUUGUACAUUCUCUGGCGCUUCUAUUCAGUUCUUGAAGGCAGAAUCAAAAUUACUUGAUACCCCCUGAAAGGUAUUGCUGUUUCCAUUUUCAGGAUUCAUGUUAGAUUCUCUAGAAAUAAUAUAUGCGGUAUAAUAGUCACUUCUGAUUAAUACAACAUCUUCCAUGUAAAUAAAACUACUGCUGAUGUGCCAAUAGGUAAUAAGGUCUGCGGCGCACUGUGUAAAUAUAACAGAUGACGCCGACUUAUGAGCCAUAUCCAGAGCUAUGUACAUUGCAGUGAUGGUGCUACAAGGACAUGAUCUGCUCGUUUAUCUGAAAUAAUCUGGAACCCGUUGACAACUGUAGAUCUCAGAACACAGUGUGGUGGAUCUGGCAACAGUUACAAUGGUGACAUGUAGCGUGUAUGAGUUAUUUUGUUAUCGUUGUUCUUAUUUAUUGUCUAAGAAUUUCUGUUGAAUGAAGAAUUAAUGUAUUGUAUGGGAGGGGUGGCUGAUUGCCUUUAUACUUUUGUAUAAUAAAUCCUCUCCAUAUUGAAAAUCCAAA